GUUUUAGCAUCCUGUAACAGGAGAAGCACCUGAUACCCCAGGAAGACACCCCCGGGGUAGAUAUCCUAGAAUUGCCCACGGGAGAGAGUGAGCUGCUGGUCUGACUGACAAGUUCCAGGUGAGGUGUCUCCAAGAGUGGCUGCGGGAUGUGCGUCUUGGUGUCCCGGUUUCUGGGGAUACCACAGACAUGAGUAACGGGACUGUGAAAUUGCCGUUAUAUGUGGGAGUCACAGGGGAGCCUGGUGUGGUUACUGCCCCCUAUAAUGGCACCAAGGGGGCAGAGUCCAGCGAAACUUCUACCAUGAGCACCUGGCUGCUCUCACUUGGCAUCGUCACUGUGAUUGGACUGGCUGUGGCAAUGGUUCUGUACAUCAGAAAACAAAGGAGGCUGGAGAAACUCCGUCAUCAGUUGAUGCCAAUGUAUAAUUUUGACCCAGCCGAGGAGCAGGAAGAUUUGGAACAGGAACUGCUGGAGCCAAACAGAGACAUGCAGUCCCAGGGCAAGGUACUUCUCACCAGCCUGUGCCCACUGCAGAGACCCACUCGUCUUGUCUUCACAGACGUGGCAAACUCGAUCACCGCCUGAAGAGUGAGAUCACCGUUACAGAAUUACAACCAGUCACUGUGACUCACUGUGUCAUUUUUGUCACUGUGCCCAGGGCUAGAUUAUGGCAGCCCACUAUACAGGGCUAAGUCACUCCUGGCACUGCUGCAGGGGAGGGAAAGCUUUGCAGACACCCAGUCAUACACUAGGCCACUGACUGCUCUCUAUACACUUAUAGAAAUCUCUUUGCCAGCUGUUUUCUUUACAAUAUGUGGUGUACCCCAAAGAGGUAGCACGUAUAAGGUGCUCUGCACGCACACACAAUAUAAACUAUUUCAUAGGCAAACUGUUCUUUCAGUAAUACUAUUUUGUACUGACUUUUACUGGGUGUGCACUCAUAUGACGCUUUGUGUUAUCACCGUUCUCUGUUCUGAAGCACUAGAAUACUCAUAUGCUAGUGAGUGUAUUGUCACACGGCUCUAAGGAGCUGUAUGCUAGUAUUUACAUACACUGACCUGCCCCACUUUGUGCAGAAGACUUAAAAUACACUGACUCUACAUUGUCUCCAUAGGUUUAACUACCAUGUUGCUAUCUGACCCGCAUACACAGGGGGCCCGUGGAUCUGGAUAUAGGGCUGAGAAUUUGUGCCCAAAUCAGCGAAUAUGUUAUGUGUUUGGCAGUAUGAUUGUAACCCAGGAGAAGUAUUAUAUUGUUUGUUUUCUUUUGUGUGUCACCUUGGGCAAACCCAUCACCAUUCACCGCCACUCAUUCAACUGUGAUAGAUACAACAUUAUUCUCAUUUUAUAAUAUUAUGUUUGAGGAGGCGUCAUUUAUAGUAUAGUUUUUUUACAAUUUUUAAGAGUCUGACAUGAGCUAUUCAGACCACAGGGUCCCUGGCAUCCUUUUAUAUAAAUGUGAGUUAUAUGUAUGUAUAUAUGAGGGCUAAGUGAAAGGGGUAGUGGAAAGAGCACAAGUCAGAUUUUUCUUCUCAGGCACAAUGGUACCUAGUUCUGUGUGUACUGAGUAAGUGCGCAGAAGUGAACAAACAGUGACUUCCUGUUACCAUCAUGAUCUGCUUUAAUUAGAUGCCCUUCCGUUUUAGCACUACCCGAAACAAUCACUGCAAAGACUAAGAAUUGGUUUAGCAUUUUAUCAUUGCUCUACAGAAAAGCUAGCUAGUGUGUAUAUAAUUUGUGUGCACCUGAGGGCUUCAAGGGGCCCCUAUGCACCAGCCCGUGGCCUCCAUCCUUUCCUCUAGUGUAGAGAGCUAAUGUCUAACCAACAAAACAGCCUUCUCAUAUACCAUCUCCCAAAAACUAAGGCUUGUCCAAAAGAUACAUUUUGAUUAGAAGGAACGUCUUUAGAGUCCCAUCCAACAGAUAAAUAGCCUCAUGUUAAAAAAAAAUGUAACUAUGUUUGCACAAGUAUAUUAUACACUACAAGGCCUGACGCAAACAAGGGGUUUGUACAAGAAAAUCCUGUUUGGUUUUUCUCUCUCUAGGGUUAUACAUGCUACCUCUUGUUUUAUGGUCCAGGUACCACCUGGGAGUAGCUUCUUUUAGCCCAAUUGUGCUUUUCGCUAAGGAAAACUUUCCUAAUGUAUAUCAGUCUUAUCCAGCCUAACAAGGUCAGUACAGCCUCAAAAUACCAGGCAAUUCCCCUCUGAACAAGGGAAAUGGCAACCUCAGAUCCCCAGGGUCAUACUACAAAUACAUACACAAAGAUAAGCGUCUACCAGGAAUGAGCAAAACCUCAGUAGCUUGUUCUAUGGCCCAGUUACCACCUGGGAGUAGCUUCUUUUAGCCCAAUUGUGCUUUUCACAGAAGAAACACAUAGCUCCUCCCCUUGUCAUUAAGACUCCACUCUUAGUCUUCCUAUUCCAGAGUGAAGAAUACACAUGUAUGGAGGUAUACAUUACAGCACUGGGUGUGCUAAGAGCAAAACUGACAAACAUCAAAUGCUAGUAAACCCUCAUUAACUGAACACCCCUAAUUUAAUUACUUUUGAAAUGGACUUAUUAUGUUGGUAAGAAUGACUAUCCAGUCCCUUUGGGGACUCGUGAACACCUAUGCUGUAUAUUAUGGUUACCUGUCACUUGUGUACACACAGUGCAUUGAGAUAGGUUCCAGUAAAGGACAGUAAUCAGCACAGACCCUGCAUAUAUUCUCUGAUGAAAUACGGCAUCAGCAAAUCUGGACUUUUGUAAACCUGUGCUAAUAAAUUAUCAUUUGUCUAUCUGCAAUUGCCCCCCCACAGACAGAAAGUAGUGCACCUGCACAGACUGCCAUGUACUGAAUUACUGCAGUGUUUAUGCCGCUCUGCACUGGGACUCCCGGCAGCAAACUCUUUGGGCCCUGGCUGGUCCUCAUAAUAUUCAGCGGAAGAGCUGCUGCUUAACUCUUUCACUUCUGCAUCUCAACACAGGAAUGCCCAGUGACCAAGUGAGAUGCUCUCGCAGUAAAAGGGUUACAGAGACCAUUUUUUUUUGCUUUGUAUUAUUUAUUGGAAGAUUGAUAUUUAUUUGUUUUGAUUCCUCAUGCUUCAUUAAAAUUCUUGGACCUCUGA